CUAGUGGCGCCAAUAAAUACAUUUUUCAUUUCAUAACCACAUUUCCAUGUGGUUCAACCGAUUCUGAUGGGAAUAGUCACACCGAAAAUAAAAAUAAUUCCCUUAAAACAUUCAAUAAUCGCGGUGUGAAUCCCUGAGUGUUCAGGAUAAUUGUAGACAGUAAUAGAAAAAUAAUAAAGUAAUAAUAGGUAAUGAUACAAUAAUAAGUGGGAGAGGGUAAUGGAGUGAAAGGGUUAUGUGAAUGGAAAAAUCAACGAAGAAACAUAAAAUCGCCAAUAAAAAUGUCUCUAUUUCGAUUCAAACCGAUUCGAAUUGCCCUGGCGCGUCUUUCCUCGAUGGACAUGCCCCGGGAAACCCCGAUAAACUGGAAACUUCCAGCGCAAACCCGAAGGCACCCAGACCUUCUCCUCCACAAGUACCUCCAGGGUGAUACGAAGAUGAGCCCAGAGAAGUGGCAAGAAAUUCGCGAGGAGAUGCUGUCGUCGAAAAGAAUUCGCAUCACCCCCGUCAACAUUGACGCAAUCAUUCUGGACACCUGUUGUGCACUGGGGCAGGAUAAAAUCGCCCGGGAGUACUGCAACUACUUGAAAUCCCAAAACGGCAAGUUCAACCUGGCAACAACUGCCAGGUAUUUAAAGCUUCUGACAGACAAGGAAGGGCCCCUGAGUGAUAAUGAGGAGAAGGACGUCCUCGAGGUGUACGAUGAAAUCAGGAAGGAUUAUCCCCUGCUGGAUGCUAUGACUGCUGAGGCCUGCAUCAGGGGAAUAUGCAAAACGAGAAGGUGGAGAGAGGCCCUGGAGCUCCUGAAGAUGAUCGAGGAGAACGCCAGACCCUGUGGUGACGUAUUCAGGGCAAUAAUCUGCGCAUCCUUCAGAAAUAAUGAGGCCCAGAUCGCCUGGGACUUUAUCAAUAGAACCUCCCGUGAGGUGACACCCGACAGAAAGGUCUACAGGUCUUUUCUGGAGUACUCUAUGCGGGUGGCCGAAAGCGGGGAAGAACUCGAGGAAUAUCUGGGGAAAUUCUUCGAGGUAUUCGCAGAUCUCGACAUUUAUCCCUGGAUCGAUGUCCUCCAGGAGUUCGGAACUGCUCUGGAGAGGCAUGGAUGGACAGGCCAGCAGACCUCCAUUAGGUCCAAUGGAGUCUGCUCUAGCUGUGGACAUGCAUUACAGCAAUUGGAGGUGAAAAAUGAAGACUUCGAGGCCCUGUUUAAUUCGUUCGUGUCGAAAGCUAUCGUGGGAAAAGAUAUUUACGAUAAAACUGAUCCCCAGGAGCUCACGAGGUUCCAAAGAUUCAUCGAGAAGGCAAAACCUUAUGACGUUGUCAUUGACGGUCUCAAUAUCGAGUACACGCUAUGGAAUAAUAAAACUCGACUGGCUACAGGCGAGAGGUUGGCAAAUGUAGUGCAAUUACUGAGAGGGCAAGGGAAGAAAAUCGUCGUCUUGGGUCGAAAGCACAUGUACCGAUGGAACCGCGAACACAUGCAGUACAUCCAAAAAUAUGCACAUUUUUUUGGUGCUAACAAUACAUCUGAGGAUGACCCAUACCUGCUGUAUGCAGCCCUCGCCGGUGGUUUGAAGACAUAUCUGGUCUCCAAAGAUCUCAUGCGUCAGCACAAAUUCAUUCUGUCGGAUCCAGUUCUCCGGAAGACCUUCAAACUCUGGCUUCUGACUCGCCAGAUUUAUCCCAUCACCAAGGGAACUCCACUGAAUAGAAUGAUAUUCCUACUUUAUCCUCCUAGCUAUCUUCCAGUAGCACAGCAGGAUGACAAUGGAUGGCACAUCCCUGCCAUAGAAAAUGACAUCUUCUCUCAGGAAUCUUAUGACCUUUCCCAGCCCUGGUACUGUCUCAGGAAAAAUAGAGUAGAGAAUAAAAUUAAGCAGCCGAGCAGGCCACCCAACAAUUAUGUUAAGAGAUAAAUAAACAAUUGAUAAUAGAA